UCACGCCCCGCUGUCAUGGCGCGUCUCUUCUUCCUCCUCCUAUUUCCCCUCCUCCACUCUUCCGUCGCCGGGCUCAAGCGCAGCGACUUCCCACCGUCCUUCCUCUUCGGCGCCGGCACGUCGGCUUACCAGGUUGAGGGCGCCUACCUAGAAGACAACAAGGGCCUGAGCAAUUGGGAUGUCUUCACCCAUCAAAAAUCAGGAAAGAUUAAGGAUGGAAGCAAUGGCGACGUGGCCUCAGACCAUUAUCAUCGAUACAAGGACGACAUAGAAAUGAUGCAUUUGAUGGGCCUCGACUCCUACAGAUUCUCAUUGUCCUGGUCAAGAAUACUUCCAAAGGGUCGCUUCGGAGGUGUUAAUCCGGCAGGCGUUAAAUUCUACAGCAGCCUCAUCAACGGCCUGCUAGGAAAAGGGAUACAACCAUUUGUGACGAUCAACCACUAUGACUUACCCGAGGAACUCGAAGAAAGAUAUGGCUCCUGGUUGAGCCCAGAGAUUCAGGAGGACUUCACCUACUUUGCUGAGCUUUGCUUCAAGAUGUUUGGUGACCGAGUAAAGCACUGGGCUACAUUCAAUGAGCCAAAUAUUUUGGCUAAGCUCGCAUACUCGGCCGGGAUAUUUCCACCCAACCGUUGUUCCAGGUCAUAUGGAACAUGCGACUCUGGGAAUUCAUCAACCGAGCCCUAUAUUGCAGCGCAUAACAUGAUAUUAGCUCAUGCAAAGGCGGUGAACAUCUACAGAAAGAAUUACAAGGCCAAGCAAGGUGGCUCUGUUGGAAUUACACUAUCAAUGAUGUGGUUUGAACCACUGAGGAAUGUCACAGAGGACCACGUGGCAGUAGGCCGAGCUCUGUCUUUCGAUGCUGCGUGGUUCCUGGAUCCCUUGUUCUUUGGUGACUAUCCUCAACAAAUGCGCAAAAUCUUAGGUCCAAACUUGCCAAAAAUCACAGAAGGAGAGAAGCAACUAAUUAAAAACCAAAUUGACUUCAUCGGAGUAAAUCACUACAAUACCUUCUAUGUCAAGGAUUGCAUAUAUUCUCUAUGUGAUUCGGACACCGAAGCUUUAGUUUCUCAAUCAACAGAACGAAAUGGGAUACCCAUCGGAAAACUGACACCGGACAACAGCUAUGUGGUUCCAGGCUCUAUGGAGAAGUUGGUCAUGUAUUUAGAGCAGAGAUAUAAAAGCAUACCUUUGUACAUCACAGAGAAUGGUUAUGCCCAAAUAGGCAAUAGCAGCACCACAACAGAAGAAUUAAUAAAUGAUAAUGGAAGGUCAAGUUACAUUGGUGACUACCUCACUUACUUGAGCUUUGCAAUAAGGAAAGGAGCAGAUGUGAGAGGUUAUUUUGUGUGGUCUUUGAUGGAUACCUUCGAAUGGAACUCCGGUUACACCGUAAAGUAUGGUCUUUUUGACGUGGAUUUGAAGUCACUAAAGCGAACACCAAGACUGUCCGCUAAAUGGUACAGCAAGUUUAUCAAGGGCUAUGAACAGAUAGAGAUGGUCUCUGAAGAAUCACCUAAGCAUAUGGUUUCCUAGCACAGAAAUACAGAAAUCGCAAAGUCCAUGUCUGUAUUUGAUUAUUUGUUAAAUUUGCUCUUGUCCACGUAUGCCAGUGCCAUAAACUAUAAGCCUUUUUUUAUCAAAUCAUGAAUGAUAUAAGCAUUGAAUGAUGAAUGAUGCAAACUGUAAGCAUUGAAUCCACACAUCGAGGUACUCAGAAAUAUAUUGCUUGCACAAUCUAAGUACACAUACAUAUAUAUUGUCCCUCGAAGAAUGGAAGUCCUGGAUGAAACAGUACCUCUCGUCUGGCAUUUGAUACAGAAAAGACAUUAAUUCAUUAUUUUGUUGAUCAAAUCAUUCUUUCACAAAUGACAAAUCUCCUCUGAAGCUUUUGCA